CGGUAAGGUGGGCCGGGCUGAGCGCCGCGUGGGGUCCUGCAGAGGCCUGGGGACGGGCUGGUUUUCCCCCUCCCCGUGGCGGUGAGCUCACAGAUCCCAGACUGGAUCUGGGUGGCUGCUUUGAUGAGCGUUCGGGGUCAUCCCUGCAAACUCCUCCCGAAGAGCUCCAUGCUGGAUGCUGCUCUGCUGCUGCUGCUCACAUCCAUCGUCUGCUGAGCUUCAAGCAGUGGAUAAGUGCCUCCUGCUUGUCGUAAAGGACUCCAUUGCCUCCCAUCAGUUCCUUUCUGACAUAGAUGCUGGAUGAGGCCAGGCCAUGGCACAGCCAGAGCUGCUGUGGGCAGCCGCUGCGCUGAUGCUGCUUGGGGUGGCUGUGAGUGCCUGCGUCAGGUGCCAGCUCUAUGCUACAAAGAGAGGAAAGGACAGCAACCAGAGGAGUCAGCUGGAACGCCCGCAGCGAUUUGAGGUGAUUCGGUCCUACUCUGCUGUGACCCAAAGGCGAGAACGGAUCAAGGAACCCAAAAACUUGGCGAGGAAAGCCCCCGAGGAGCUCAGCACCUCCUGUCACGUUGGCUUUGAGAGCAGUGCUGAGCCCCGCUACCAGAACUUCCUGACAGAGGACUGCCUACAUGGGGAUGCUGCCUACGUGGAGCCUAUCCCACUGGAUUACUACAGCCACAACAGGUUCUUCUCCCCACCCAAGGAUGAGGACUCACAUUCCUACCAGAAUGUCGUUAUUAGUGAUCCUUGCAGCUCUGAGCUGGAUGAUGCAGAAGACUACGAGAACAGCGCAGCAAUAGAAGUCUGGAAGGUGCAUCAAGCAGAAGCCACGCUGUAUGCAGAGAGCAAGGAUGAGGAGCCAGACUACGUUAACACAGACCCAACGAUAGAUGCCGUCCUGCUGUCAAAGUGAAGGAGCCACGAGACACUGUUUCCCCCUCUGAUUUCAAGUGUUCUGCAUGAAGUCUGAAGAAGCCCUUUGCCGAGCUGCACAAGCCCACCCAGCCAGCACGUACAUCGGGCAAGAGGCGUUUUCCAUCCCUCAGUCACAUCUUUUCCCCAAAUUGUGCCUGAGAUCACACAGGACAGGUGUCGUUGAAAGGAAGAGAUGCUAUGCUUGAAGCCCUGACAUCCAACAGCAAGGAUGCGACCGGAGGAAUUUCUGCCCAGCAGCAAAGCCUGCCCAGCAGCAGUUCCCAUGGACAUGCUGUGAACUCCUGGUCCCAUCUCCCUUCCAGGCCUGCCUGCUGGAGGGAGCACGGCUGCUCUGUUCAAUGCUGUCUCCUGCCAAGCGUGAAAUGAUUCUUUAAAUUGCCGAGCUGCAGUGCAGCCAACUACUUAAUUUGUCAGGCUGACUCAUGCACGGCGGUAUUCAAAGGCAGGGAUUAGGUUUUGAUUUAGUUCCUACGCUCUCCUCCAGAAGCUGUUUCCUACAGGAGAGGAACUGGCAAGGCAGAGGUUGCUUUUACAGCAGCAGUGCUUCUCUGGAGCUCAAUGAGAUACCAGACUGUUACAAAAGCUAAGGACUAAAGAGGAUUAAGCCCUCAUCUGCAGCUUGUAAUUCGCAGUGUCUGUGGCAGUUCUCCUUGUCUUUCCUUAUCUGCUUUAUAACGAUACAAAGAUGCUGCAACGACUGAUGAGGUUUGAUCCACCGCUGUCAGCCUCACAAACUGCAGCACUGUUUGAGAUUUGGAACAUCAGUCCUGAAGUGUAACCUCUUGGGCCCUCGUGCACUGGUCUGGCACCAUCUUAGCACUUAUUUAUUAAAAUUGAAAAGCCCUCAAAGAAAAUCCAGGUUUUUCUAUAGUGGUUUGCUGCAAUGUGGGUGCUGUAUCUCUGAUGAAGUGACACAAGCUGACUUGAUAGCAUGUGUAGAAGUGACCCAGGGUGAUGUGUGGGAUCCUGCUGGGAGAAAACAUCACUCCAUGCAGCUUUAUUCCUCAGAACCGUCUCAGAACUGCGCUUCAAGAAGGGACACAGCCCACAGCACACAUCUCUGGGGCUGGUCAGAAUGUGCAGAGAAGUGGAGGUAAGGGUGAGAGCCCUGGAGUGGGAGAAGAGGAUGUCAGGUGCUUCCUGCUGUUCGUGCUCAGCUCUAUUUUCAGCAGAAUUGCUGUGAGUGUGGGGCCACUCUUUGUGUAGCUGCAGCAGCAGGUGGUUUGGUGCUUGGCUUGGGAAAUGUACUUGUAGCUGCUACAAAUGCAUGCAUUCCUGCUCCCGCGGGACUCUAGGGACAGAGGAUGCAGUGCACGUUGUGCCUGUGCAGCUACAGCAGCCUGCCUUUCUGCCUGCCCCAACCCUUCCCUUCAGCUUUUGCUCACGCUCUGGUUUCUGAUGUUUAAAUGCUGAAACUUUGCACAAGUAGGGGACACAGCCUCACGGAGCAGACAUGCUGGCUCUGCACAGGCUCAUGGACAGCCAAGGAAAUGAGGAGAUGCCUUUGCUACUGAAACAGAGCACCUGGCCCAUGAAAUUGCCAUUGCUGGUGUCUUCUCUGAAGAAGCUCUCACGUUUCACCAAUUGCUGCAGACCACAGAUUUUUCAGGAUCUGCUAGAGGAAAAGGGUGAGCUGCGUUCUCAGUGAUGUGCCAGGAUGCUGCACCCACUUGUGGUUCAUCUCAUUCCCAGAGGGAGACAUGAAAUGCUUGGGAUGUGAUUAGCAGCAGUUAAAAGAUUCUUGGCAUGCAGUGGUAGAUUCAAAGACCUCCUGGGAUGUUCUAUCCAAUAGGUGAGUGUGCUGCCAAAAGAUUAAAAUGCAAGAUUUACUGCUCCCCUUGCUAAGCAGGGAGGGGGAUUAGAGGAAUUACAUUUUCCUGCAAUGAGGUUCCUUCAUUGCCAGAAUCUGAAAGCUGCCGAGUGUCAGCAGGCAGAGCAAUAGAUUUGGUGUACAUUCCCUCACCUUUGUGGGAGUCCGAGCAAAUUGCCCUCCUUCCAAUCUCCAGAGCAGCCAACUGCAGAGAGCAGCAAAUCCUUCCUUAGGGUUGUAAAGCUCCUGAAGUGCUUUUCAGCCAGUGAUCUCAUUGUGCUGGAAGAUAUCCAGGCACUGCUGAGGGAAACUUCGUCGAUGUUUUUAGUCUUGUUCUGAAACGUGAGCUUUCUCUUUGCAGCAGGUGAGUACACACACGUGUUCACUGAUUAACUGUCCUUUCAGAACUCAUUUUCAGGUAUGUAAGGAUUUCUGGUGCUAAACCCAAACUGUCAGAUCGUUGUGUUGCCUGACAGUAAUUCAAAGGGCGCUGACAUCUCCCUUGGGUACACGUAGCUCUUUUUCCUCACAUCAGGGAGACAGCCAAGUGAGCAAUUUUCUUCCUGGUUUCAAUGUUAGAAGACACAUUAGAAAUGUAGUUUUGGCCCAGCCACUAUGGCUAAUGGAGCUGGGAAGCUUUACCUAGCUACCAGAAAGCAGCAGCCCUGCACUCACAGGGAGCAAUCAGAUUUGGCACAGGAGGCUGAUGGCCUCUGACACUGUUCCUCUUCUAAGUGAAGGCGAGUAUAACUAAAUCCCCCCAGUGCUGUGGAGCAUUAAUUUGUAAGUGAACUGGCUCUAAAGUGGAGCUGAAAGGCACCGAGCGAAUGUGCUGAAAAGAAAGCUGCUCACCAGACAGAAACAGCACCUGUGAUCCUCUGAGUUUGUCACUCCUGCGCUGGCACCACCAGAGCAAACUGCUUAGACAAGGGAAUAUUAGCCUACUGUCUAAAUAACGUGCUUUAUUUAAGCUCUUGUGGACAAAAGCUGUGAUGCAGUGUCUGUAAUACAACACUGUAAGUCACAUAUUUUAACAGUAUUUGUGCUAGCAGUGACAAAUCACUGUCAGCAAAUCAAACUUACCACAGUUUGAUUAAUACCUAGUGAAAGGAGAAUGUACUUGUGGGUGUUGUAUCCAUAAGAACUGUUUCCCUUAUUCCAUUCAGGAGCCAACUCAGAAGUGUCUGUGCUUUAACUGACAAUCAUCUUGAUUUCCUUUGUCUUAGAGCUCUGUCAGAGGAGCUGCAGAAAGUCCUGAGGGUGCAAUUUAGAAUGCUACGUCUUUGCUGCUAAAACUCAUCGCCCCUGGGGCUGAAUCAGAGAAAUGAAGGGUGUAACCAGCUGUGGCUUCUGCACAAGGGCCAGCCCCUGGGCUGAUACUGCAAGUAAAGAUCAGCUUGGCACUGAAACAACAUGGUGUGGGCAACGGGAUGCUGGGGGUGGUAAUCUUCAACAGGAGGGGUGGAGUGAAGGGCAGGUACCAGAGAGUUGUACCUCUACCGUGCUUUGUUCCACUGCUAUAACCAGAAUGUAUUUAGGUACUUCAAGACAGCUCUGCUUAGAGAUGCAUAUCUGACAUCAGAUAUAGAGGUGGUCACAUUAAAUUUAUAUUUGUUUUCACUCUGCAUUUCACACUUUAUUGCUCCUCUGAGCUCGCAAGGUGGUUUCCAAAACCAGGCAGAGAGGAAACCAUGAUGCUGUAGCUUUUUUUAUUGAAACUACAGUAAAAUGACAUUACUUAAUCUGCACAAUGGAGAAAAGAGAAUGGAAUGCAAAUGCAGAGCACCUCUGAACUUACAUGUUUUUUAAAUAUUAUAGAUGUAGUAUCUGUAAUAAUUAGCUGUCAAUCCUAAAUAAUUAGCCUAAACAAGUCCUAAACAAUCAGCAUUAAGAAAUGUGUACUGUUCUGUACUUGUUUGGUGAAAUAUCUUCCUUACCAUCACACAAAAAUAACAUCCAGAAUGGUGCCUGCACAACAUGCCUUAAUUGUAACCUCAUUAAGGUCUCUUUCUGUGCAAAAACUUUUCCUUCUUGGCUUCAGUGAGGCCACCUCUCAUGAUUAGUCAGGAGGUGUAAUCAUUAACAAAGGGAUUAAAAUUUUGUCUCUCCUGCUGUUAA